AUGCAGUGGAAGGGCUGUCGGGGUGGUUGGCCACCUAUUGUGGCACCAAGGAUGAUCUCUGGCUCCCAUGACCGUCGACCUCCACUUAUGCACCUACUGGCUUCGCUCAUGCGUCGCCCCCCGCUUCCGCUCCCAAGGGCAGCAGCUCCACCAGCUCCUCUUCAAGUCUGGCCACGCCUCCUCCCUCUUCGCCUCCAACUGCCUCCUCCAAAUGUACGCCCGCUGCGGCCCUGACCUCACCGACUCCCGUCGCCUGUUCGACGAAAUGCCCCACCGAAACUGCUUUUCCUGGAACCUACUCCUAGAUGCCUGCCUCAAGUUAGGCGAUCGCGCUGCUGCGCUAGAACUGUUCGACUCUAUGUCCGAAAGGAACACCUUCUCAUGGAAUGCCAUCGUCACUGGCCUUGUGAGAUACGGCGAUCUGGAGAACGCCCGGCGCUUGUUUGAAGAGAUGCCGAUGAGGGAUGCUGUUGCCUGCAAUGCGGUCAUUCAUGGGUAUGCCCGCAAAGGCCAAGUGCAUGAAGCUUUUCGCUUGUUUAAAGAGAUGGGUUCGCAUUUCGUGGGACCUUCGUCACCAUGCAACGAUGGUUUUGUGCUGGCAACGGUCCUCAGUGCCUGCGCUGAUCACGUGGCUCAUGAUUUCGGCAAACAGAUCCAUGCACGUAUUGUCAUGAGCCAGGUGGACCUGGAUACCGUCCUGGGUAGCACACUUGUCAACAUGUAUGCAAAGUGUGAGGAUUUUGAUAGUGCUUGUUUAGUUUUGGACUCAAUGCUGGAACCUGAUGACUUCUCUUUGUCAGCUUUGAUUUCGGGCUAUGCAGACCAUGGAAGUUUGGUGGAUGCGAGAAAGGUGUUUGACAAGAGAGAGAAUCCUGGUGUUGUUUUGUGGAAUUCUAUAAUUAAUGGUUAUGUCAUUAAUGAUCAAGGAGAAGAAGCAUUGCAUCUUUUUAGAAGGAUGAGGAGGGAAGGAGUCAUGCCGGAUUCAUCAACUCUUGUGAGUCUUCUUGGUGCUUCUAUGAGUUUUGGUGAGCUAGAAUAUGGGAAACAACUGCAUGCUUGUUGUUGCAGACAUGGACUUAUAGAAAAUAUAGUUGUUGCAAGUGCUCUCAUAGACUCUUACUCCAAGUCUGGCUACUGGGAGGAUGCUUGCAAGGUUUUCAGUGAGCUCAAAGUGCAUGACACGGUUGUACUCAACUCUAUGAUCAAUGUAUACUCAAACUGCGGGAGGAUUGUAGAAGCAAGGCGGGUCUUCAAGUCAAUUCCCAGCAAAAGUUUGAUCUCGUGGAAUUCAAUGAUAGUGGGCAACAGCCAGAAUGGUUGUGCCGUCGAGGCAUUGGAGGUCUUCAGUGAGAUGCAUCGGCUGGAUCUUAGGCUUGAUAAAGUGGCUUUGGCUAGUGCAGUGAGUGCUUGCGCAAGCAUUUGUUUACUUGGUCUUGGAGAACAGAUAUUUGCUCAGGCUACUUUAGUUGGCCUUGAGUCAGAUGUUGUAAUCUCUUCUUCAAUUAUUGAUCUCUAUUGUAAAUGUGGUGGUGUCAGUCAGGGGCGGAGGCUCUUCAAUGAAAUGAGGAAUUUUGAUGUAGUUCUAUGGAACUCAAUGUUGAUGGGAUAUGCAUCAAAUGGGUAUGGAAUUGAAGUUCUUGAGCUCUUUGAAACAAUGAGAAAUGCAGGAGUGAGCCCAAAUGUGGUGACCUUUAUUGCUCUCCUUUCUGGUUGCUGCCACUGUGGACUAAUUGAGGAAGGAUUAAGAUGGUUUCAUAGGAUGAAGGGAGACUAUGGUAUUGAACCAGUUGUUGAACAUUACUCAUGCAUUGUUGAUUUGUUAGUGCGUGCAGGUCGACUUAAGGAAGCAGUUGAUUUCAUUGAUACAAUGCCCUUUGAGACUGAUGCUAGCAUGUGGACAUCAGUGCUUGGAGGAUGCAAGGCUCAUGGAGAUGAGGCUUUAGGAAAUAAGGUGGCUGAGAAGCUUAUUGAGCUUAAUCCUCAGCAUUCUGGCUCUUAUGUGCAGUUAUCUAGCAUAUAUGCUGCUCAGGGCGAUUGGGAGAGUUCAGUACAAGUUAGACAAAUGAUGCAUGAAAGAAGGAUUAAAAAGAAUCCUGGUUUCAGUUGGAUCUGACAGUUGCACAGGAAAUUUUUUGCAUGCAUUUCAAAACAAUGAGAAAAUUGGAAGGUUAAUGUGAUCAAAGGAUAUGCUCCAUGAUAACAUAUCUACAGUGCACAAUGAAGUUAUGAGCUGAAUAUAAGGUAAAAUUGUAAGAUGUUGACUAUGACAGAGACUGACCAGGCACAAGCACAACAUUAGUGACAGUUGCUUGACUUGAGCUCUGAAAAAAUGUUGGCAGUCUCUAUCGGUUGAGUGCUCUCUCUUCCAUAAACAUUCUGUGAGAAAGGCAGCAGUUGAAAUCAGAGAUCCCCUGGUACCAAGAGACUAAUCUCCGUGGCUGCCAAAUAAUCUCUGCUUUUCAUUGAUAAUGUUAUCGAUGAUGUGACAACUGAUAGAGAAAAAAGUGGAUCCUUUUUUGUGGAGUUUGAAAGUAGUGUGUUAUGUAGCAGACCAACGGGAUAAUUGGAAAGAUCGUCAGACAUCAAUGAAGUUUCUUUUGUGAAAAUCUUGUUAUGUUAUUGCUGCAAGUUAACAAAACGAGAGUUGAUGGAUUGGAGAGGCACAAAAUGUUUCAUUAUGGAAUCAAAUAAUAGAGUGCUGCUUGUGCCACAAGGUUUCGUUAUGGAACAUCAAAGGGCUUGGUUCAUAGGAAGAGCAAUGGUGGAAAAAAAGGAAUUAGUGGAAGAACAGUUAUCAUCUUCUGUGAACAGCUGUAAUAUAACAAUACUGGUUUUCCUUUUGCUUGAAGGUAGGGGACAUCCGUCAAGGAGAUUGGAGAGGCAUAAGAAAUCAUUAUGAAGAAGCAGAGAUCAGUUACAGCUUGGAAUGGAAAAAGUAGGAUGGAAGAACAUUUAGAAUACUGGCUCUCAGUUCAUAUCUUUAGAUUGAAAAGCACACAUGUUGUAUAUGUAUCAAGACUAAACAACCUUUCUCACAAGGUUUAAUUAUUUAUUUUAACCAUUCAUUGGAUACUCUAA